UGACGGAAACGAUUGAUUUGUUUAUUUCUCACAUUAUAUUUAUUUUUCUAAAAUGAAUUAAAAGUUCUAUUUGUAUUUAGUUUAGCAAUCGAAAAACUAUCUUAAAUUAAAGUACGAAGUUUAAACUUAUCCCAACCUACCUGUCUGUCAGGAUUAAUAACAAAACAUUAAAAAGCUCAAUUAAAAACAACAAACAUGUCAAUAGUCAGAACAUGUUCAGGACUUUACUGUGGUCGUACAGAGUUAGAGAACGGGUCCUGGGGUGAGUGUGGCGCUUGCCCUAGAGGGUUCCGCACAAACGCCACUAGCUACUGCGUAGAAUGUUCCGAAGAGCCAACGUUGUACGACUGGCAGUAUCUUGGCUUUAUGAUGCUGUUGCCACUGGUUCUGCAUUUGUUCUUCAUUGAUAUGGUUGCCGCAGGGAACAGAAAUUCCACAAUAGUAGCUCAACUCGUCUGUGCAUUCAUUGAAGUAGUAAUUGGCACAGUAUCUGCGUUGAUAGUGCUACCACCAACUGGGUCCAUGGAUCUCCAUGUCUGCUCACCUAAAGCUCUGUCGGACUGGUACACACUGUUGCACAACCCACAGCCGGAUUACAGAGAGACUCUGCAUUGCACUCAAGAAGCUGUUUAUCCUUUAUACACAAUAGUCCUCCUUAUAUAUGCGUUUGGUCUCCUCAUGACAGUGAUACUAAGGCCGCUGUUACUGGCCUGGCGCAAAUCAAAUACUGGCAAGAAAGCUAUAUACUGUGCCUUGUACUUCUACCCCAUACUCGUCCUUAUACAUACUGUUGCUGCAGGAUUGAUAUAUUUCUCGUUCCCUUACAUAAUCAUCAUAAUAUCGAUGAUGACGUCAGCGUCUCACUUCUCAAUCAAAAUAGACCAGACAUCGCCGGCGCUACUGUCAGCAUCGCUCACUAAUGUCAGGAACUUGAUCAUUCUCAUUGGACAUUGGAUCAUUCACGCAUAUGGCAUCAUCUCACUGACUGGUUUCAAGGAGUUGUGGUACUUAACCUUGGUACCUGCACCAGCGUUGUUUUACAUACUAACUGCGCAAUUCACGGACCCAUUGAAGAUUCAUAAUGAUUGACAAAUUGGAUGUCCGAUAGCAAAGUUGGUUUUGAUUUGACAUUACGAUGCUACGGUGAGACGAGAAGCGUUGCUUAUCUAGAUUUGUAUCUAGGUGAUGUAGAUAGAGUAAAUAGGGUUUUAACUUAUUAAAUGUUGUUGAAU